UUGCAAACCUCUACCACACUGUCUCUCUCCCUCCCGUUAUCUCUCUCUCUCUCUCUCUCUCUCUCUGCCUUUUUCUUUUCGAUUCUCGUAAGAAGCUCAAUUUGUCUCAGUUUCUUUGAUCAAUCACCCAAUUCCCGUUCCUCUCCUUAAAAAAAGUCUCAAACUUCAUGGGUUUUGCUCGAUUCUGAUCUCCAGGUUCAACUCUCAAGAUUUUGGCUUUCUUUUCGAAUUCUUCUGAUUUUUCAGCUUCAUUGAUCAUUUUCUGAAAUGGGUUUUGGAGAUUUUUGGAUUCUUAAUUGAAUCUGAUGAAAAGGGUCUAUUUUUGAGGACAUUUUGAGCAUUUUCUCUUAGCUUAGCUUGUUUUUGGAAUCUGGGUUUUUAUGUUCAUUUAGAGGAAUAGGCAUAUCAGAGGUUUUUGGGAUUUUUUUUCUUUUCAUAGUUUAGUAUUUUAGAAAGUUUUAAGCUUGUUCUGGGCUCUUAUGCUGAUUUAGAGACAUGGGAGGUUUUUGGGUUUUAUAGAGUUUUUGUUUUGUUCUUGCAUUGUCGCUUGUUGGGUGGUAUUAAGAUGAAGAGGUUAAAGAUUGAACCUUCUAGUACUAGGAGGUGCAAGCUGUCGCAUAUGUUGUUGGCUGUAGGAGCAAUAUACUUGGUGUUUUUAGCAUUCAAGUUUCCACAUUUUUUAGAGAUUGCAUCAAUGUUGAGUGUGGAUGAUAGUUAUGCUGGAUUGGAUUCGUCAUCUAUGGUAAAAGAUGUUGAAGACUCCGAUUUAAGCAAACCAUCUUUUAGUUCUGUUUAUAAGGAUGCUUUCCACCGGAAAUUAGAGGAUAAUCAAAACCAGAAUGCUCCGAUGAUGCCUAGUAAGGAACCUUUGGAAGAUGAAAAGGGAGGUUCUAAAACUAUAAAGCCACUUCAAUAUCGUUAUGGAAGAAUAACAGGAGAAAUUAUGAGGCGAAGGAAUGCAACUAUGAAAUUAUCACCACUUGAGAGGAUGGCAGAUGAAGCAUGGCUGCUUGGGUUGAAGGCAUGGGAAGAAGUGGAAAAGUAUGAUGGAGAGGAGAUUGGACAGAGUUUGUUAUAUGAGGGGAAGAUUGAGUCUUGUCCUUUGUGGGUAUCCAUGAGUGGAGAGGAGUUGGCUGGAGGGGAUAAGAUGAUGUUUCUACCAUGUGGUUUAUCUGCUGGGUCUUCUAUAACCAUUGUGGGAACACCCCAUCAUGCACACCAGGAGUAUGUACCCCAGCUUGCAAGGUUGAGGAAUGGUAAUGGUAUUGUUAUGGUUUCACAGUUCAUGAUUGAGCUGCAGGGUUUAAAGUCAGUGGAGGGAGAGGAUCCACCAAAAAUUCUACAUUUAAAUCCUCGAUUGAGAGGAGAUUGGAGUCAGCAUCCAGUCAUUGAGCACAAUACCUGCUAUAGGAUGCAAUGGGGGACAGCUCAAAGGUGCGAUGGUUUGCCAUCCAAGAAAGAUGAGGAUAUGCUGGUUGAUGAACAUGCGAGGUGUGAGAAAUGGAUGCGGGAUGAUAAUGUAGAUUCAAAAGAGUCGAAGACAGCCUCAUGGUUCAAGAGAUUUAUAGGGCGUGAACAGAAACCUGAAGUGACAUGGCCGUUUCCUUUUGUGGAGGGCGGAUUGUUUAUCCUGACCUUGCGUGCUGGUGUUGAUGGAUACCAUAUUACUGUUGGGGGGCGGCAUGUGACCUCAUUUCCAUAUCGUCCGGGAUUUACCCUCGAAGAUGCAACAGGAUUAGCAAUCAAAGGAGACGUAGAUGUUCAUUCAGUUUUUGCAACUUCUCUGCCCAGCUCUCAUCCAAGCUUCUCUCCUCAGCGAGUAUUGGAAAUGUCAGAGAAGUGGAAAGCUCAUCCUUUACCAAAGAGUCCCAUUCAACUUUUUAUUGGGAUCCUAUCAGCUACAAAUCACUUUGCAGAACGCAUGGCAGUUAGAAAAACUUGGAUGCAAUCAUCUGUAAUCAAGUCUUCAAAUGUAGUUGCUCGUUUCUUUGUUGCACUGAAUCCAAGGAAGGAGGUGAAUGCAGUGCUAAAAAGAGAGGCAGCUUACUUUGGUGAUAUUGUGAUUUUGCCAUUUAUGGAUCGCUAUGAGCUUGUGGUUCUCAAAACUAUUGCUAUUUGUGAGUUUGGGGUUCGGAAUGUCUCAGCUGCAUACAUCAUGAAAUGUGAUGAUGAUACAUUUGUUAGGGUGGACACAGUCUUGAAAGAAAUUGAUCGUACCUCUCCCAACAAGUCUCUUUAUAUGGGCAAUCUCAAUCUCUUACAUCGUCCCCUAAGAAAUGGAAAAUGGGCAGUUACUUUUGAGGAAUGGCCUGAAGAAGUAUAUCCUCCUUACGCCAAUGGACCUGGAUAUGUAAUUUCUACUGAUAUUGCUAAAUUUGUCAUUGCUCAACAUGGCAAACGAAGCCUCAGGCUCUUUAAGAUGGAAGAUGUUAGUAUGGGAAUGUGGGUUGAACAAUUUAACAGCUCCACCCCUGUUCAGUACUCUCACAACUGGAAAUUCUGUCAAUACGGAUGCUUGGAGAACUAUUAUACUGCACAUUACCAAUCCCCAAGGCAGAUGAUCUGUCUGUGGGACAAGUUGGCGAGAGGUCGGGCACAAUGUUGCAGCUUUAGAUGAUAGAUAUAUUAUCAGAUGUCUCCAAGGAUCCUUUAGAUGAAGGCAGCAGCUUUACUACAUUUUGUUCUCGUUUAAAUGGGCUGUAGAGAUGGCUGUUUUUUAAUUUGCAGCCUUGAUUUUGGAAGAACAGACUGUUUUCUUAUUGUAAUUGAAAUGGCUUCUAGCAAAGGCCAAAACAUUUUGGCUUCAACUAAAAGCUGGAGAAAUUGUACAUACCUAUCUUUCUAUGACAAAUAUCGAUUCAGUA